AUGCGCUUCAAUCCCACAUUGAGCCUAGCCAUGCUAGCCAGCGCCACAGCCGCUCAAUUGACAACCCAACUAUUCAACUUCACCAGCUCAAUCAACAUCGAAAACAGCCAGCUCCGCCCUAACGGCCAUCUCCUCCUCACAACAUUCUACAAAGCCCAUCUCUACACAAUCAACCCGCUAUCCCGCAAUCCCAAAGCCGAGCUAGUCGCCACGCUUCCCGGCUCCACAGCUCUAACCGGCAUUGCAUCCGUUGGGCACGACAAGUAUGCCGUUGUAGGCGGGGUACGGGGCUCAUACCACUACGACAACGAAACCAUCUACACGGUCGACUUCAGCAGGAAUGCCACAAACCCCACCAUCCAAACCGUCGCCCACAUCCCCGACGCCGAUAUGCUAAACGGCAUGGCCUCAAUGCCGUCGCAGCCGCAUAUCCUCUUGAUCGCAGACGCGCGGUUGGGAACUAUCUUCCGCGUCGAUAUAACCACCGGUGUCUCGAAGGUCGUGUUGAAGAACGAUGCCCUUGCCGCGUCCGCGAACUCGUCCCUUCCCAUUGGUAUCAAUGGCCUGCAGGUUGUUGGAGAUAAUGUGUACUUCACCAAUAGUGCGCUCAAUAUCUUUGCCCGGGUGUCUGUCAGCGAGGAUGGACAGAUCUUCGGUCGGAUUCAAGUCAUUGCGCGUCUGGAGCGUGAGGCUGGUGAUACUGAUUCGGAUUGGGAUGAUUUUGCUAUUGAUUCUAGUGGUAAUGCUUAUGUUGCACAGCCGCUCAAUUCCAUCGCUAAGAUCAUGCCGGAUGGAACGCAGACUGUUGUUGCUGGUGGGGGUGAUAGCUUGGCUUUUAUUGGACCUACUUCUGUGCAGAUUGUGCCGGGUGGUAAGUGGGCUUAUGUUACUACUCGUGGAGGUGAUGAGGGAGGUGUCUCUUAUGGUGGACAGGUUGUUGCUCUUCGGCUUCGCGAGUAG